GUUGUGUCUGCCAAGGGCCCUGAAUAAACGACUGAGAAAUGGGGCAGUGAAUAACAGCAGUCCUAUUUUCAUCAUGUCAACACAAACCUUAAAAGGUUGUGUUUUAUUGUCAGCAUAGUUCAGUUUUGGUGUGUUUUAUGUUAUGUCUGACAUUUAUCACUUUGUAUAACUGAUGAGGAAAAAUUUUAAUUUCCUUUUGUUUUUGAGUUAAAAGAAAAACAGGAGCUUAAUGGUUUGUUUUGAGUCUCGGAGAGAAUGAAACUUUUUUGAAAUCAUUUCAAAUCAGCUGAAGACUUUUUUAAAUCAGGGCUUUCACACAGUAUUUGGAUGUGUUCUAAGUAAACUGCCACAGGAAAUAUCUGAUUUAAAUCCCAAAAACAGAAUGCAACUGUAAAGGAGAUUUUAUUUUAUUUUAUUUCAUUUUUUUAUAUAUUAAAAAUCCCAAAUAGGUUUCUGCAUUUCAUUGAGUUUAUAUCAAUGAACAAAGUGAUAGAAACACCUGUCAGUGUAAUAAAACCAGCUGCGACAUUCAAAUGAAUCAUAACACAGAGUCAAAACUUCCCUUAUUUGCUUUAUGAAAGGAUGUUUCAUCGUAGGACUGUGAGGACAGAGUGUACUUUUAAGCUAUACAUACCUAAUGAAAUGGCUGCUGAGUAUAUCUGUUUAUGCACAGGGCAUCCAAUGAUCCAAUGACAACGCUCUGUGGUCUUUUCUGCAUUUUCUCACGUUCAUUGAACAUUUAUGAUCAGAUUGUUGUCACUGACACAAUGUCAUCAUAAUUUGGAGUCCCACAAACCCCUCUGCUGUACAUGAAGUUAUUGUAAACCAUUUGCCAUCCACUAAAUAGUUUCCCUCCUGACCUCCUUAGAGCCCAGUUCAGUAAAAAAAAGUUUAAAGUAGUGAUACCACCGCUCUACAAACUUGUGGUAAUAAGGGUUAUUAUUCUUAAUUAUUACAUAGGGUGUCGAUCACUAAGAAGUUUAGUACACAGCAAUUUAACCUGUCACGUCAGGCAAUCAUUAACCAAAAGCAUGAGGUUGAAAUGACUAAUUGCUCAAAAACUAAUUUGAAUCCGAUUGGCUUUAACCAGACAUGUUAGACAGUUAAAUCACAACACUGUUAUCACAAACUGUGUCAGAAUGGGAUACAAAUCAGGGUGUUUCACAACAAGUUUAAAUGAAACAUUAAUGUCUCCAAUAUGUGUCUAAUUAAAGAUUACACAUAUGGUUACACAUAACGUUGGAGAACAAGCAAAACAGAGUUCCCUAUUCAUCCAUCCAUCGUGCAAUAAAUAAAGACUGAGCUGCUAAUUUUUCUCUGACUGUGCCCCUUUGUGACCUGAGGUAAGCCUCAUGGUCAGAGAUGCAUGAAGACUUCUGUUACACAAUUCUUCCCCCUUUUCCACACUUCGUCUUGAAUGCGCCUCUAUACGGGAAGUGUACAUACAUUAUCUACCCACCCACCUGCGCGCUUCUAAGAGGUCACAUGUGUUGAGCAAUAGCCCUGUCUGUUGAUUUACUUGUGUUCCUAUGUAACUACUAAAUGGCAGGCAGCUGUUUUUGCACUGCUUUAUCUUCUUAAGGUCAAACUGAGCAAACUGUGCGAUUCUUGUCACAGAACAUAGAAAACAUCGUAUCUGUACUAUGACUACAUUUUAUGUGCCACAGCAAAAACAUUUGCAGUGAAUUUUUAUCUAGACAGUGGGCUUCAUGCUUGAGUCUGUGCAUUUUCUUAUCAUAAUAGUGAUUACUGCAGCCAAACGUUAAGACGGUAAUCAAAUUUCUCUUUAAAAAUCUGAGGACAGUCAAAAGGUCAGGGUCAUAGUUAAGGCCGAGGGUUUGUUAGAUGCUUGAAAAAGGGGGUAAAUAAAGGAAGAAACAAGAAUUGCUACACAUAUUUGAAUUACUUCAAGCAAGUGUUACAUCACUAAAGCAUCAAGAGUUUGAAGGAAACAGUGUAAAAUCCUUUUUUGUUGUAGAGCUACAACACAACUCACAAACACUAAAUUAGAGUGGUGUAGAAGUGUAAUGCAGCAUAAAAUGGAAACACUUAAGUAAAAUACAAGCAUUAUAAUAUUUUUUUCUUGAGUAAAUGCACUAAUAUGUGUUUAAUGUAUAUGUACUCUAUGUAUGUAUAAAAAUGGCCUGUGUUCAUUUAUAGAUAUCACUGCAAUUCCUCUGAUAGCAUUUGUGCUUUUAUUUAAACAUUUUUGACUAAUUAUUUUCAGUUUCAGUUAUUUCCAUUGAACACCUCUAACGUUUUUUUUUUCCUUUUUUCCAUGAGGUGAUGGGGUUUAAAAUCUCACAAUAAUAAGAACAUCUUGACAUUUUAUUUUUUCAAAGGUUAGCUUGACAUGGCGGAAGAAAGGACGAUAUUUUUUCAGGCAGAAGAGCCUUACGUGUUUACACAGGGGAAAUCUAGUAUUGCAGUAAAUAUCUGAAAAAGAUUACCGGCUACAGGACACAGGAACAAGAACAGAUGUUAAAAAAAUCUUCAGCCUUGUAGCACAGAUAAGGUCUGAAAAGAAAAGCACCAGUAAGAAGACAGAAGCAAGAGUAUGACAUCUGGCCAGUCUCCACAGUUAUAACACUUUUUUUCUUAGAUCAUUUUAAAAAAAUAAGUGUUAUUGCGGUAUAUAGAGUACAUGGUGUACAUAGUUUAAAUGUAAAGUUAGGCUAUAGUUUUACUAGUUCAACUUGUAUCCCCUUUUUUUACAUGGUUGUGCAUUUUACUUGACCUCUAUGAAUAAAUGAAACAAUGCCCUUUACAAAUAAGCUUGCUUUGAGUUUGUUUUUAACAGUGUAGAUAUAAAUUAAAGUGGCUCGGGGCAGGGAUAGGUUUACCUAUAGCCAAGGUAGACUAAAAGGGAUUAUGAAGUUUAACUCAAUGUAAUAGCAGCUUUUAGAACUGAAGAAAGUUCUUGGAUGAGAAGUGAAACGUCUUCACAAAACUUAAAGUCCAGUCGCUCCUUAGACUAAUAGCAGCUUGGUUCACUUUAUUAUACCUUGAUUAUCCUAUGAAGUAACACAUAUAACAGUAAUAUUUAAAUAUAAUGAUGUGAUGAUGGAAGUAAAGGCGCUUUUUAAAAAAUUCAGUCAUGUAAAAUGUUCUAAACUUUCUCUGGUUACAUUUUUCUGUUAUAAAAGUUGGGUGAAGAUCUCACAUAUUUGCUAGUUUAAUGUGUUGUGGCAGACAUUCCACUUUGGUACAGUAGGUGGCAGUAUAGACAUUUAUCGGUGUUUUAAUGGCGUUUUACACACGCAGAAGAAGAGUGGGCUUUUUCUUUUUUCCCCCUUGCUCUUCCGCUUUACUCGAGGCGCUAAUAAGCUAACAGGCUAGGCCUGCUGCUCAAACGAGUGGCGUGAAAUCUUUUGCAAGCGGUUUUUUGUUGAGUUUUAGCUGUAAAAGGGAUAACAGAGUCUUGGACUUAAACAAGAAUAAAUUUGAAAUGGGAGACCCUGCUUUUCAUCGAGACUGUCCCCUCGACUGCAAGGUUUAUGUCGGGAAUCUGGGAAACAAUGGAAAUAAGACGGAGUUGGAAAGAGCGUUUGGUUACUAUGGUCCUCUAAGAAGUGUUUGGGUUGCCAGGAAUCCCCCAGGUUUUGCUUUUGUAGAGUUUGAAGAUCCCAGAGAUGCCUCAGAUGCUGUGAGAGAAUUGGAUGGCAGAACCAUGUGUGGCUGUCGAGUACGCGUUGAGUUAUCCACUGGAGAAAAGCGCUCCAGGAGCCGUGGCCCUCCUCCAUCCUGGAGCCGAUACCCUCGAGAUGAUUUUAGGCGACGCAGUCCUCCUGUUAGACGCAGAUCGCCAAGGAGACGGAGCCUCAGCCGCAGCCGCAGCAGGUCUGUUUCAAGAGAUAGACGCAGAUAUCGGUCUGCUUCCAGAGAGAAGAACCGUAAGCGCUCAAGAUCCUUCUCACGAUCGAGGAGUCGUUCCCGGUCUAAUGAGAGGAAAUGAAGAUCUUGGAAAGCUCAUCUACCGGCUUAUGCUAUGGUUACAAAAAAGUACAUUUUUAUAGUCUUUUCUUUUUAGAUUUUGUUGGGUAGCUCAUGGCAAUUUAAGGUUGGCCAUGUUUGGGUCUUAAUGGUCUGUUGAAUGAUCAAGAAAGGUGUAAACUGUUUGGGUUUUUUUUUUGUUUUUUUGUUAAAUUCUGUCUUGCCCUGCAUGCUUUGAAAAUGAGUACUUGGUUUUACUUUUCUUUUUAAAACUGUUUAAAGUCAUCAUUUCAUUUUCUUUCCUUUUUUUGGUUUGGUUAUUUAUUUUACUAUUCUUGCUCGGGUUACUGUGACAUGGUAUAGAGGGAGUGGUGUGGUUUUUUUUUCUCUCAUACCAGUAACAGAAAGGAAGACUCUUAACAAAUGCUGUAAAUAUGGUGCUGUUAUUGUAGUCUAUCCCUAAAACAUGAUCAUCUGUAAUUAAUUUUUUUUUAAAUGCCUUCCUUUGCGAAAGAAAGCAUUGACUAGAUUCUUUUUUUUUUUCUUUGAAUGUCUGAGCUCCAACAACAUGUACUGAUACAGUUUAACAUCUUGUUCAAUAAAUGUUUUUCCAAGGUGA